AUGGCUGCCGCCGGCCUGGGAGGAAGGCUUUUGACACUACCGGCGGCAGCCCUACCCAAGUCACCGUCACUUUCGCUACAGGCAGCAGCUCCCAUCCGAGGGAAGCCUAAGAAAUAUCUGGUCUAUCCGCAUCCACCGAAGAGCUCCCGCCUGUCCCCGUCGGUUCUGCGCUGGCUCCAGGGCCUGGAUCUCACCUUCUUUCCUAGGAACGUCAACAGGGAUUUUUCAAAUGGCUUCCUGAUUGCAGAAAUAUUCACUAUAUAUUACCCCAGGGACCUUAAAUUGUCAUCCUUUGAAAAUGGAACUUCUUUGAAAGUCAAGUUGGAUAACUGGGCACAGUUGGAGAAGUUCCUGGCAAGAAAAAGACUUAAAUUACCUAAAGAGCUAAUCCAUGGAACAAUUCAUUGCAAAGCUGGAGUACCUGAAAUACUAAUACAAGAGGUUUAUACUUUGCUAACGCAUCGAGAAAUUAAAAGUAUCCAGGAUGACCUCGUGAAUUUCACAGACUACAGUUACCAGAUGCGUCUGCCCCUGGUUCCUAGCUCCACAGCUUCCAAGUCGAUUAAAGAUAACAUUAGGUCAUCAGAGAUAAAAAGCAAUCCCAACACGCUCAGCAAUGAACUUAAAGUAGAGUUCCUCUUCCUUUUACAAAUGUUGCAAAGAAAAUUAAGGAGAAAAUUGAAUCCCAAAUGGUUUGAGGUCAAACCAACAGUGGGAGAACUUACUCUUGACCACCUUCCGACCCAUGGCUCUCGGUGCAAAUAUAAUUCCAUGAUUUCAAGGGAAAGAGUUGCUCCUGUUUUACGUGAAAACACUGAUCAUCGCGCAAAUGUUUAAUAACCACAGACUGAUUUUAAUGUUGUUUAUUUAAAUAUGCCAGGAAAUACAGGUACUGUUGGCAAUCCACUUAGAAGAAUUCAUGUCAAACAAGCUGGAAAAUAUUCUUUUGAAUCUGCUAUGAACCCUAUCACAAACACGAAAAAGUAA